AUGGUGAAACUUUUGAAGCAGGAUCAAGAGUUUGUGUGGAAUGCAGAGCAAGCGGAAUUGUUUGAAGAUUUGAAAUCAGCAUUUGUUUCGCCACCGGUUCUAGCACUGUACGAUGGUUCCAGGGACGUAGAACUGCAUACUGAUGCAUCAGCGGUUGGAUUAGGGGGUAUUUUGCUGCAGUUAAAUGUCGAAGGCUGGAAACCAGUCAGCUUUUUCAGCAGGAAAACGAGUGAUCAGGAACAAAAGUAUUUCAGCUACGAGCUAGAGUUUAUCAACUAUUCAUCCUCAAACGUUGAAGCUACCAACAUGCAGAUGAACAAUGUUGAAGUUUUCGCCGCUUUUCUCACUCAUCAUCAAACGGCGCAGCAACUCACGGAGCGCUUCGAGCAGCUCGAGAAAAAAGUUGCUACUGAUCGGAGCUAUCGCUCGAAACAGUUGCUCUUGCGAGUGUACUCCGCACUGGCAAAGAAUGCUUUUGCUUCCGGUGUUUCUAAAGAAGUCGACAAAGUAUUCGUACGGUCGUUUGGAACGGUUGUGGCCAACGAAGUUGUUCCCCUUUGUGUAAUGAAAAAGUUCUUUGACGAUCGGAGUUUUUUGGAAGAAAUCCUCAGCUGCUUCGCAGCAGUAGUUGGCAAUCCUAAGUUGACGUUGGUUCCAUCUAUCAUGGACAACAUGCUGGAGUUCCUUAGUAGCAUCAACAUAAAAAAGUGUACGGUUAAGGAUGAGGACGAGAAAGCAUUCUACCAGCUGCAUCGGUUAAUCAGUGACGUUCUAUAUUUGAUGAUGAUCAUUAGACCCAACUACGUCGCAAAUCGUCUUCCGCAGUACUUUUAUGUUUUCAACGGAUUGAUCGCAUCCGUUAUAUGCUACAAAGAGGACCACCCACUUGAGAAGCCUUUGAAUAGCUUCGAGAUUCUCACACUGUCCGAUCUGUUGUUACCAUUGGAAAAGAUCAUGAGUCACGCUGCCAAGAAGGUCGACAAGGAUCUGCGCAUCAUGGCACCGUACGUGUUGGCGCAGGUUAUCCAUUUUAUCAUUCAAAGUUAACGACCGGCGACCCUGCACGAGAAGAUUUGUCUAACUAAAAUAUCUUUUGUGUACAACAUCUGUUAUGGGUUGAUUGAAAUUUACGACAAACACUCGUCCAGCUAUCUGCUGAGGACGUGUGACGAAGCUUCGAAGAACGUAUAUACCGAGAUAGUCAAAGGUUUCCGAAAGUAUAGGUCGUUCAAAGGAAAGAUCUAAACAGGUAAGUAUAAUAGUAGUUAGGUUUUUUUUUGUACAUAACUGCAAAGUAAAAAUUAAAUAUUUUUGAAAUAUUGUAAUGCAA